AUGAUUAUUGAGAAGACAAUACCAAAAGAUAUCCAUGACAGUUCAUUAUAUUCCAUUCAAGUUGACGAGAGUACUGAUGUCGCACAAUUAGCUGUUUUGCUAGUAAUUGCAAUGUAUUUAAAGAAAAAUGAAAACAUAGGAGAGCUUUUACUUUGCCAUCCUCUUACUAAACGUGCAACAGGUGCAGAUAUUUUUCACGCAAUUGUGGUGGUAAAUCUAUGUCUGGUUGUUACUCUGAUCUUCUUGCGCGUGUCCUGGCAGUAGCCUCCUUGGUAAAAUGGGCUCAUUAUUGCAUCCAUCGACAAGCUCUUGCAUCGAAACCUCUUCCAGUUGAUUUGAAGAACGUUCUGGUAAAGUGAUCAACUUCAUCAAGUCUCGCCAUACAAACUCCAGAAUUUUUUUAUCAUUGUGUGAAGACAUGGGCAGUUUUCACAAAACCCUCCUUCUUCAUACUGAGGUUCAAUGGUUAUCACGUGGUAAGGUUCUUGCACGUUUAUUUGAACUUAGGCAUGAAGUUCAAAUAUUUUUCGAAGACCGUCCUUUUCAACUUUCAUUAAAAUUUAACGACCACGAAUAGCUUCAAAAACUUGCAUACUUGGCCGAUGUUUUUUUGAAAUUAAACACUCUAAAUUUGAUUCUUCAAAACAGUACACUGACAACAUUUCAAGUCACUGACAAAGUAGAAUUUUUUGUUAAAAAGUUAGAGUUUUGGAAGUCAUGUAUUGAUAAUAAUCAACCAAAAGUUUUUUAAACACUACACGAUUUCUUCUGUGAAACGGAUAGGAUCUUAUCUCAAGAUAUCAAAAAACAAGUUAUUCAACAUUUGAAUGGUCUCAUAGCGGCUUUUGAAAAAUACUUUCCUAAAUGUGGAAAAGAAGAUCACUGGAUCGCAUUUCCUUUUAGUGAAAACUAUUUCAAAUCUGCAGUUUAUCAGUACAAGAAAAAGAAACACUAAUAGAACUGAAAACCGAUUCUUCACUUGAGGCAGCAUUUAAAAAGAAAUCUACUGUCGUGUUUUGGGUUGAUGUGAAAGAAGAAUAUCCUGAGCCAUCAUGCAAGGUAUUCAAUGUUCUGCUACUAUUCACAAGCACUGUGUUGGUGGAAAGGACCUUUUCUACGUACACGUUCAUAAAAAAUAAGUAUCGUUAUAAACUGUCUGUAAGUUCAGAUCUACGGGUUUAUUUGUCAUGUGUGAAGCCAGAUUUAAAAAAAUUAAGUUCAAGCAAACAAGCUCAAGGUUAG